AAUUACCCUCAUUCAUCCACUUAUUAUUAACUUUUUGUGUGUGUGGAGUUUAUUAAAUUUAAGACAAAAAUUAUCUGGGCAGAUUUGGUGAUUCUUUUCAAAUCAUGAUCUCAAUGAAAAGAUCAGUGAAAUUAACCCUUUUACUGCGACAAGAAACAAUUAGCAGCAGCAGAAGCAUUGAGUGAAAUCUCUAUAAGCAUCUACAAUAAAGUUACCAAUGAAAAAGAAUACAUUUUGCAACUUCUUCUCAAUUCAAAGAUUGGAUGUGGCUCUAGAACAAGUGGAGGUGUCUCAGAGUGAUUGGUAAUUAGGGAAAGGUGUACCAAGUGGCAGUCAGAAGGUCGUGGGUGUGCCCCUGGACAGCCAGCAGGACACAGUAUGGUCAGUGGGAGCACCUGUUGCAGGAACUCAUCACUGAUGACAAGAUUAUGACAAGGCUAUGACUGUGUUGCUUUGUACAGCAUUAACCUCAGGUCAUGAUGUACCUGCAAGACUGCUGCUUGUAUUGUGUGUUGGUUCAGUAUGCACGGUGGUGUUCAGUGUGCGUGGUGGUGAUAAAUGAAUACUUGGGGCUUGUGGGAAUGAGAGGAAAAACUUCAUAACUUCCUAAUGUUCAUAGCUUUGUUCCUUUGUAUGUGAUGUGUACAGAGACUCUAACGUGUUCUCCCUGUUCUCGUACCUGGGAUGAGUCUGCCCCUCACACAACCGUUCCAUCACUUGCCGUGUGAGGGAGCUGUGUGCACGGAGGCUCGGCCAACACUUCAGAUUGUGAUGCUCUCAGUGACUGGUAACUCAGGUGUUUUGGCUUCCUCUGCACACACUCUGCAGCUUGAGACGUUGGCACAGGAAGCACAGCACCUCCAGAUGGCAUCACUGCAGGACUCUGAGCAGCUGCUGAAGGACACCAGCCAGCAGCCGUCCCUCCUCUAUGUGCUGAACUCGGCAGACUUACAGAGGCAGCUGGAGACACUCAGCGAGGAGAACGUCCAGCUGUCAGGGCUGUGGAUGAGAACAAGAUGCUCAGGAGGGAUUUGGAGGUGGAGUGGUGGCUGAAUGGGUGUGACGAGAGGAGUGACUGAUAUGUGGGUGGUACUGGCACAGGAGAAGCAGAAGGAGGCAUACCUGCAGAGAAACCUGGAGCACGACCUAGAACAGUGGCACCCUUGAGCAGCAGACAGUGGGGUGCAGCAGGAGGCCGGCAAACUAGGGGAGGAGCUGCUGAAGGCAUCCCAGCAGAUGAAGCAGUGAAGGAGAGGCAUGAGCUGAGGCAGGAGGUGAAGUGAUGUGCAGACAAGGCUCUGACACAACACCCUCACUGACAAAUGAGAGGGAAGUGUGGCUGGAGGGCUGCAGUAGGGAAGUGUAUGUGUAGUUUGACUGUAUAAAGGUAAGGAGGACAGGUGUGAGUGCUUUAGUUACAGAGGUGUCAGUCUGUCGAGUGUGCAGGAGAAGGAGAGUGAAGGUUAUGUGGAAAAAAGUAGUGAGGUGCAGCAGGGAGGCAGGUGGUGGUGGGAUGAAGGUAAAGCUGAACAGUGAGGAGCUGGAGGAGGCACACUCUUCAAAUAUCUUGGAUCUACAGUGGUGGUGGGUGGAGGGGGAGGGACAGGUGAGAGGUGGGGUGAAGGAAGCAGGUAAAGUGUUAUGAGGUAUGGUUAGGCUGAGAGUAGGCCACUGGAAUUAAUGUAAAGAGAAUAUUGCAUAAAGGGACAAAGGAGAUUCGCUGUAAAAGAGAUGGGAUGCCUCAGGAGUGUGUGUGUGUGUGUGUGUGUGUGUUGAGUAGCUUGGAUAGAAAGUCAGAAAUUAGGAAAUGGUAAUUUUUUCAUAGGUGGAGGUACUGAGAGAAGAGAUUGGAGGAGGCAGCAGCAGCAGGUGGAAGGAGAGGGGGAGGAGUGUCUUUCUUCUCCCAUUGAGUUUAUGUCAGAGAGGAGAGGAGGAGGGAAGCACAGUGAUCUCCCAGGACUUGUUGUGUGCCCUCUCUGACACCAUACAGGCACUACAGGAACCCAUCUGUGUGGCCACUCCAGGCAGGCACUCCUUUGUUACUUGUCUUGACGCUGUCUCCCGGGGACCCUGAGGCAGCCAGCCUCUGGUGGAGACUCUGAAGGUGGAACUCAGUGCUGCAGGAACACAGCAGGUGAUGGAGCAGCAGCAGCAGCAGCAGCAGCAGCAGCAGGUGGCUUGUGCCACAGACCACUACCUGCAGAACACUGCUGAGGUGAAAAAGAGCUCAACACAUGGGAGACUCACAAGUCCUUCAUGGGAGACUGUGUCCUUCAUGCCAUGUCCUCAAGACAGCCAGAACAGAGCACCACAUGUGCCUGCCCCUCUCUGCCCCACGGAAGCUCUGAGGAGGCCGUGCACAAGGCUGUGGAGGAGGCACACUCUCGGCUCAGGGCAGAUUGUAAAACCAAGCUUGCCACCUGUGAAAAAUUGAGGUUGAUUGAACAGCAAGAGUGAAAUGCUCUGCCUCUCCUUCUUCUCCUGCCUUGAGAAUGUUGCUCCAUCAGGUGUGCCGGGGCAGAGUGGGUGGCGCGAGAACACCAUGCUGGGUGUGUCCUUCCUCAGCUUUGACCCUCACUCCAACAACACGGAGGUGAAGGAGCUGAAAGGACUGCUGGAGCUACUUGCACAGGAAAGUAAUGAAAUUCUGGAUCUGAAUGCUGCUGCUGCUACAGUGGAGAGGAAGACCAGGACUCCUCCAGACACUUGUAUAUCAGAAGCUGUGUGUGAUGAGUGUGUGGAGGAGUUAAGAGAAGUGGAGCAGGAUCAGGCUGCAUCAGAAAACAUGUCAAGGGAAGAAUUUGGAGACCACCAAGAGUCACAGAUUGAAGAGUUGGUCACAGCACCUGAACAAGAAGUAGAAAAUGCAAGUCCAUCAUCUGAGCCAUCCUGAGCAGCUCCUCAGUGACUGGCUGGAAUGAAUUUGAUAUUGCUGAAUGAAACCUUUGAGACCUCAGUGGUGGUUCCUGUGGGUGCUGCCCAGGCUGCCUCAGACACACUGGAGGUCAGACAACAGCUGUGUGUGCUUGAGCAGAAGGUUCAGCUGCAGAACAGGAUUGGUAGUUUACAAGGUACUUUAAGACAGAUGAAGGAAAAGGAAAGUUCCAUUAAUGAAAAAUUAGCAGAGGAGGAAACUGCUUACAUUGGACAGUUGGGGAGUGAGGUGCAGAGGCAAGAAAAAAUAUAACAGCCUCCUCAAAACACACAGCAGCUCUGGGCAUUCUUCGCACGACCACAAAAACGGGCAACACGCAGCAGGAGUCCCAGUGAAAUGCAGCCACUGGAAAGCCUCCCAUCUGUAUGGCAGCAGUAGCAACUCACCACAGCAAAGCUGGUAACCUCAGCGAGUGCCUGGCUACUGCAAAGCGGAAGAAUGAUGAACUCAGGUUCUGCCUGAUGGCCAAUGAUGCCUCCGUAAGGAAGGUGAAGUUGCUGAUGUUGGAGCUGAGGGUUGUGGAGAGAAAGAUCUCCCACCUGAAGGGGGAGCUGUGAAGACAACAGGAAGCCGGCCCUGGCGACUCCACCAUCUAUGAACCGACUGGCUGGUCCACACAGCAGCAGCAGCAGCAGCAGCAGGAGGAAGAGGCCAAAGCCAAGGCAGAACUUAACUGCUACAUGUCCAGCAGCAGCAUCUUGACCCAAGUGGUGGUGAUGGAGCUACAGAACAAGCUGUACCUCACAGAGAAAGGCAAGAAUUAAGCUGGAGAGUGAGCUGAGGUGGUGCAGCAGCAUCCUGGCCAAGGCGAGGGAGUGGAAGAUGAAGGCCACCAAGGAGGAGCAGGCCACACAGAAGGCCAGGAAGGAGUGUGAUGAAAUGUACAGUGAACUGAAGAAAUGCACUGCCAGGGUGGAGGAGCUUGGCAGCAAGCUUGAGGGGCAGCUGUUUGAGGCGGGCCAUCAGAGAGAGAGUUGAUCCAGAGGAUGGAGAGGCAUCCACCCUCGGCCACCUCUGCUGCUCCUGGUCUUGCUGAGGUACCUCAGGCAACACCUGCAUCCAGAGGAUCCAGGGGAGCACCUGUAACACCUGCACUAAUGCCCAUUGCUGCAGGAAGAGGGAGAACGAUGACUGCAACAACAGCUGCAGGGGGAGGACCAGGGACAGGAACUGAAGCAAAUACAUCAGCGGCAGUAGGUGGAGCAGACGCAGCAAGGGAUAAGGAUAAACAGAGGCAGGACGAGAGGCCAGCCACCCACCCUCUGCAGCUACACCAUGCCCUGCUGCCCCACCACACCUGUGUCAAGAAGCUCCCCUUCAUGAAGGACGUCUGGGCCAAGGAAACGAGAGACAAAGUACCCAUGUGGAAGCCCUGGAGGGAGAACAAGUACAUCAGCAAGUACAGACUCCCAGCAGAGGAGAGGAGGAAGCACAGUGAAGACUGAAAGACCCAGUGAGAUCUUGUCCUUCACUUCCUGCCCUUCACCUUGCCACCACCCCCUUCACUGGCCAUCUGGUGCCCUGGUGGUGACCUUAGUAGUGAUUUUUUUUGUUUUUUAUUAUGUAGGAGAGACACCGGCCAAGGGCAACAAAACUCCAAUGAAAAAAAAAAAGCCCACUGGCCCACUGAUGGUGCCAUGUACUUCCCCCAGGCUGUGAUUGCAUCCCCGACUCACCACUGCGGCAUGGGGUGGUGGGUCACUGCCUUGCCUCACUGCCAGAGCUUGGUCACUGCUGAAGGUACCUGUGUUGUGUCACGGGAGCGGUGUGGUCAGCCUCCCCACCCUGCCUGUCUGUCUCCAGGUUUUGUAGGAGGUUUACAGAAAAGUGUAUUUUGUUUUGUAGGAUACUGUUGCAAUGCUUUUGUUUAAACACCUUGUAUUUUUAUUAUUUUUAUAUGGUUUUAGUAUUUAUGGUUUUUUAUUUAUAUUUUAUUAUAAUAGACAUCCCUUCUUGCCUGUCACUGUCCUCCAGGUUUGUGUGAUGUAGCAGACAAGUGUUUGUGUUUGUGUGAUGCUGCAGUGAUGGCUCUUAUUGAUUUUUUUUAUUAUUUAUUUAUUUAUUUAUUAUUUUUUUUUUUUUUAAGUUUUAUUUGUAACCGAGAUGAGCACGCAUGUGUGUGUGUGUGUGUGUGUGUGUGUGUGUGUGUAAUCUCAGAAAUUGGGAUAACUAUUAAGGUGUUGGUGCCUUAAUGUGAGGCUUUCAGAAUAAUUAAAGAGGACGUGUGUAAUGGUUUAAUUUUAUAUGAAUAAAAACUUUAAACUUUA